UUGACUCUUGAAUUGUUGAGAAAAGUUAUACAAAAUACAAAUAGUUAGAACUCUGGUAUUUAAAAAGUUCACUGUGCACUUUAUUAUUUCAAAAUUUUGAUUUAUUGAAAUAUUUGGCAAUUGAAAAUAUAGUUGAAGCAUAAUUUUAUAAAAAUCACGAAAUAUAAACCACACACGAACAUGGAAACGCAUCCGCUAAAUCUUGCUCAUCAACAACACCGACGUGCCGAUGCUCACUUAAAGAACAGUAAGUUUGAUGAAGCGAUGCAGUGUCAUCAUAAUGCUGCUGAGCUACUCCUCGAUGCUAUGAAGACUACUUCUUCGACUGCUGCACUAGAAUCCAUAACACUUCAACAUAGUUACCAUCUGAAACAAAAAGACUUGAUCAAAAGUAAAAAAGAACAAUACACUCGAGUUAAAAAAGCCAUGGAAAAUAUAAAAACUCUCAGUAAGGAUCCUCAAAUCAAUACACAAGGUAAUGAUUAUUCCAAACUUCAGAUAGCAAUAUAUAGAAAUAUUGAUGAAUCUGAAUCUCUACUUAAAACACUUUCUCCUUACACACUUGAAACCAGUGAUUUUAUUAAAUAUGACAACUUUAAGAAUGCCAAAAAGAAAGAAAAAUGUCAAAAAGAUGUUAUUGAAGAAUUACAAAUACUGAGUCAGAAUUUGCAUUCUCUUGUUGAACAACUUGUAUUCAAAGUGGAGGUGUUGAAAGAUGAUAAUCUGUCCCUUAAAGAGCAUAUUAGUUAUUUAGAAAAAGAGAGGGUUAAAUAUUUGAAUGCUUCUUAUGACCAUAUGGGGGUUGGACCAACACCUUUGUUUACUGAAGCUUGUGCCAAUUGCUCUCGUAAUAACGAUUCAACUAGUUAUAUGCAAAUUAAACCGCAGGCCAUUACUAAACAAUUUCAACCUAAUUUUGAUCUUACUGCAUUGAGGAUUGAAUAGAUUUAAUUCAUUUACAGUCAAUAGUCUUAAUAAUGAUAGUAGUAUCUUUUUGUCAUGAAACAGAUGUUAUUUUUUUUUAAUUUUACCAAUGUUUUUCAAUUUAAGGCAUAAUAUUCUUUAAAUUAUAAUUG